AUGUUAAUUGUACGUUUUCAGGCCCAUAUUGUAUCCGUGAUUUUGGAUGUUCUGAAUCCAGAACAAAAAGAGGAAGAAGAUUUCCAUAUACAAAUUGAGAAAGAUCCGGCUCAGGAAGAUUUCCUUCAAGGGAGAAUGACUGGAAAUCCGUACAAGUCAACUGAUGUCGGUCUUGGCCCACUUAUGCGAGAUAUAAAGAAUAAAAUUUGUCGUGACACCGAGAUGAUCGCCCUGAUGGAAGACGAUAACGGAAUGGAGCUCCUGGUGAACAAUCAGAUUAUUUCCCUAUCGCUGCCAGUUCGAGCCGUCUACGAUAAGUUGUGGAAGAAAGCCAAUCCGGGACAACCAAUGGUUAUCGUUUACAGAAUGCGUGGUUUGCUAGGAGAUGCAGUGGAGUCCUUUGUAUCCACACUCGGAGAAGCUGAUGGAGGUAGAUAUAGUUCGAGUAUUGAUUCUGCGCGCCUGGGAUCGAUAUUCAUUCAUUUCGUGUGCAUGCUGAGCAAGCGGACUGGGACAACUAUACAAAGCCUCGAGCUUUUUCUUGAGCCAAAUAAUCCCUCCGGGUGGUCCGAGUUCGAAAUUCUGGGUGACUGUUAUGUUUUAGGCACGGAAAGUGUUAACAAAUUCUGUGCUCAAGUAUCACGGGUUAUCGGCAAUCUCGUAGUUGGCAACGAGGAAGCUGAAAAGGCUCUUAUCGCCAUGUACAUUAAAACAUGUCAAUGGAAAGAAAUCGACGAGACGAAUUCAUGUAAUUCAUUUAAGGCGUGCUCCCAUCUUGUGUCAAAUCAUCCACCGCUCUAUUCGGCAACUGAAUCGCAGGAAUGGAAAGCUUUCCUUCUACGACCGUCGUUGAAAUUGAUGCUGUCCUUCAUGCAUGGUAUGGCCAAAUCUCAUGAAGCUAGUCAACGAGCUCUGGCUGAGAAGACUUUACAUAUACUUCAUCGCUUGGAACAGGUUGCUUCCGACAACUCUAUAGGUACAAUGGCUGAGAACGUUGUUGAGGCUCUGAAAGAAAAUACCGAGGUAGCAGCUCAAAUUGAGAAUGUGCGUCAGGAGACUCGACAGAAGAAACGGCAAAUGGCGAUGGCAAUGCGUAAUAAACAGCUACGUGAAAUGGGAAUGCAGAUGGGAAAAUCGGGUGAAGUCAAGGUGGCACACAGACGUAUAGCGAACGAGCCAGCCUUAGAAGGAGUAACAGAUCCUCUUGCAUCAUGUUGCAUCUGU